AUGCUCGCCGAUUGCCUUUUAAUCAUUGGCAUCGCGUUCGGCACAGCUCUCGCCGGAGAGGGAAUCACAUGGCUCCUCGUCUACAGAUCGGAUCAGUACAAGCGACUCAAGGCCGACAUGGACAAGAAAACGAAGAAAUUGGAGAAGAAGAAGCAGGAAGUGGGAGAUACGAAUGAUAAGAACAUCAAGAAGAAGUUGGAAAGAGAAGAGGAGAAGCUGAAGGCGACGAAUCGGGAUAUGAGCAUGUUCAAGAUGAAGUCAAUGUUCGCUAUUGGUCUCGCGUUCACAGCGCUUCUCUCUACGUUCAACUCGAUUUUCGAUGGGCGUGUUGUUGCCAAACUUCCGUUUUAUCCAAUCGGUUUUAUUCAGGGACUCUCGCAUAGAAACUUGAUCGGCGACGACAUGACCGACUGCUCCUUCAUCUUCCUCUACAUCCUCUGCACCAUGACCGUUCGCCAGAACCUUCAGAAGAUCCUCGGAUUCGCCCCGUCUCGUGCCAUGGCUCGUCAACAAUCGUCUCCAUGGGCGCCACCAUCCUCCCAAAUGAACUAUCUUCGUUAA